AAAAUCUAUUUCUCAUCAGUUAAUCAGUUGACUGACUAUACCUGUUAAUUAUGGCUGUGUGUGUGAGGUCCCUGGUAAUGGGUGAGAGAACAGCGUGUGUGUUUCCAUAGAUACAUCCCAACAGAUGAGCUCCCAUGAUACCCAGCCUACAGCAGCGUUGAGAAACUACAGAGCGCCGUUUGGCUUUUACCAUCACCUGCUGCUGCGUAAAGUGGUGCGCACAAGAAGCGGAUAUAUGCGCUCUUUUCCUCUGCGCUUCUGCAAAAACGUAUAUGGAUAGUUGACAUUUUAUAACGCCAGUUCCAUGCAUGUGCUCUUGUUUUUAUCCAGUAACCUAAUUUAACCUGUGAGUGUAGCCUUUAACCCCCUAAAAACGCCUCCAACGCGUCCAGACUGCGAACUGUCCUCAUCGGAGACCUGCGUGCCGCGUUCAACCCUCAACAUUUGGCCGGCAUGGAGCAGCUCUAAUGUCAUUAUAAUGGCCUAUAAGCUUUUGUCUCGCAGUUGGGAUCAACCCGUUGUAAGUUUAUUAUAACAAAGAUCUUUCUCUGUCUCUGUUGCGCGUCAGCCUGCUUCCUUUUUACGCACAACGAUGAGCUCGGAGAAGCCCAACUUUCUGUCACAGCCCGUCGUGAAGAACAUUUUCAUGUACCGAAACGGCGACCCUUACUACGAGGCUCGCCGCAUUGUGAUCAACCAGAAGAGGGUGUCCAACUUUGAGACUCUGCUGAGAGAGGUGACCGGAGGGAUACAAGCUCCGUUUGGAGCGGUGAGGAACAUCUACACACCCAGAGGAGGCCACAAGGUGGACUGUCUGGAGAGCCUGCAGAGCGGAGAGCAGUACGUCGCUGCUGGGAGGGAGAGGUUCAGGAAACUGGAUUACCUACAGAUUGGCUCGAGAAGGAAGAGGAUGAUGCAGACUCUUCCAAUGCAGGCCAAACCACUGCCACCGAAUCGAAUCCUUGUGUCAGCUCGAUUCCUGAAACCCAUCAAGGAGCCGUGUACAAUAUUUGUGGUAGCAAAUGGCGAUGUGUUGAACCCUGCCAUGAGGCAGUUGAUCCACCAGAGGAUGCUCGGCCAGUUUGACAAAAUACUAGAGAUGAUCACAGAGAGGAUGGGCAUGAAAGUCAUGGGAGGUGUCCGAAGUCUCUACACCUAUGAAGGCCACCAGGUGACUGAUGGGAAUCAGCUGGAGAGCGGUCAGCUGUAUGUGGCUGUGGGGAGAGAAAGGUUUAAGAAGCUGCCCUACAGUGAUCUUCUCUUCACCAAACCCAGAGGGACAAGGAGGGUCAAUGGAAUGAAAGCGUACUCUCUCCCACCUAUCUACAGAUUCUCCAAGCAAAAUGGAAACAGUAAGUCUGUGGUCCGAUGCAGUGACAGUGGAGACGGAGACUCCAAGGCCUCUCCUCCAAGCCACAACGGCAGCAGCAAGGAUCACCUGUCCUCCAUCGUCAGAGAGAUCUCUCAGGCCAGACUCAUGUCCUUCAGGAAGAAGAGGAGUGGACAAAGCAUGACCCUCGGCAUCGCUGACAAUGAUGACCUGGAAUCAAAGGCUGAUGAUGGAAACACUGAGGACAAGACCCCCCAAGACCAGCUAGCUGAUGAGAAUCCUGCAGAUGAUGAUACAAAAGCCGCAGGGGAGAAUGAUGAAAAGGAAGGGGAGAAGGAGGUGGCUGCUACAAAAAACAGCACAGAAGAAGACACCUCGAAGGAAACAAGUGACGAAACAGAGGGAGGGGAAGCGAAGGAGGAAAAUGCCAAGCAAAAUGAUGAAAAAGAGGGUGAAGCAGUGGAAGGAUCUGAGGAGAAAGAGGAGGAGGUGAAGGAAGAAGUAAAGGAGGAGGUCACGGAUGAGAGUAAGGAGGAGGUUAAGAGUGAGGAGCAGGGGUCCAGCAGUAGCAACAGUGAUAAGAGCCAGGACGGUAAAGAGAAAGAGGAUGGAAGCCAUACAUCUUCUGAGGGUAAAAAGGAUGAGCGAGACAAAAAUACAGAAGAAGAGAAAGACAGUGGAAAGGGGGAGAAAAGCAGUGAGGACCAAGUUAAUGAUGUAGACACUGGGGAGGAACAGAAAGGGACAGAAAACAGCAGUGACCCGGGGAAAACCCAGUCAGUUAACGGCAGAAGUAGCAGUAGCAGCAGUAUCAGGGAAGAAGAUGUGAGCAAAACAAAAGAGGGAGCCACCAAAGAGAAGAGAGAGGUGAAUGGAGAGGUCAGCGGAGAAGAUGAUGAGGUGGAAAGUGUAGCAGAGAUGGACAUGGACGAGAAUUCAGCCAAAGAUGCCACAGCAAAUGGAGAGAAAGGGGUGAAUGGUAAUAACGACAAUCAAGAUAAAAGCAGGAAAGGGAAGGAUUAGGAAAGAAAGAAAAAAGUCGUUGGAUGAGCAGUGCUGGAAAUGGUAAUACUAUCUUAAAAUAAUGAAGGUGGCAGAGCAGAUUCACAGAAAGCAAAAGCAGUAAAUGUUUUACUAGAUGUAGAAUCUGCACUGGAACGAAAACAGUGUCCCAAAUGUCGAGAAAGCAAUAGAAGCUUUGAAUGGCUGAAUGAUGUCAGGUACAAAAACACAAUCAGAAUUUCAGAUAUGUAUUCAAAAAAACUAUUUAUCAAAUCAUUAUUUAUAACUAUCAUGUCUGAAACAGACAAAACAAAUAAAAGCUAUAUAUUCUUAUAUUUCAUUAAGACAUACUGUUACCUUUUGGGCUGCUUUAUAAUUUCAGUAUACAAUGUCUGUGAGCGCUGUAGUGAGUGAUGCUGGGAAAUUGAAAUAUUGUUACAGUCAAAAAAAUAUUUAUUUUUAACUGGUAUGAUUAUACCAGUUGCUUGUUUUUAAAGAGGGUUUUUGUAUGUAUGGUAUUUUUUGUUUAUUUCCCAAAGCAAGUGAUAUGAAAUUAACUUUUUUUUAAAAAAGUACAAUAAGAUAUGUGUAAUAUUGUAGCAUACUGUAUGUGUCUGAAUAUUAUUCCAAAUCAUAAUCACCCAUUAUGUAGUCAUUACAUCAUAUGCAUAUUUGUUUAUUUACACCUAUCUUCUACCAUAAAAAAUAAAAUUACAGUGAGGCACCUUAACAAGAUGCUUUAAGAAAACAUACUUUGUUUGCUGUCACUUCAUUGUAACACGACUGUAAAAUAAAAUAA